AUGUCACCAGAUCAACAGAUGAAGCAACAACAAGAGAAGAAAUCUCGAGACUCGGUCAUGCUCCAAGUUUGGCUGAACGAACCGAAAGACGUCGUCUCUUCGACCGAUACAUGGUCCAGUCAACGAGCCCUUGCCAGACCGAGACGCGAUCUCGACUUUGUCCAAUCCUCCCGACCGAAGAAGAAAGACACAGACGUAGCACCAGCUGCCUAA